GUGAUUUUCAACUUUGACAUUUGACACUUUGACUUUGACAUCGUUCAAUGUUCAUCAUUUUUAAAAUUGGAUUUCUUUUCAUUUUGACUUGAUUUUCGUUUCCAAUUUUAUGAAAUAAAUUAUUAUACAACGGAAAAUGGCUGCGAGUAUAUUACGAAAGUUUUAAGGUAAAGCAUUCCUUCCUAUUUCUAACCAAAAAAAAACCUUCCUUUUUUGCGCCAUGAGACUUUUCGGGCAUUUACGUAACGCUAAAUCCCACAGCGACACUUUCUGGAACAAAUUGUCGAAUUUCUUUUCCAACGUUACCGAAACAGACACUAAUUUAAAGCACUCGGCACAAUCGUUGGGAAAUCGCCUAUUCAGCAGUGAAUCCAGAAAAUGCACUCUAAUUCCCGGACACGGGAUUGGUCCAGAAAUAUCAGCAGCCGUUCAAAAAAUCUUCGCAGCGGCAAAUGUCCCCAUCGAAUGGGAAUCCGUUGAUGUUACCCCAGUUAAAGGCCCUGACGGUAAAUUCGGCAUUCCUCAAGCAGCGAUCGAUUCAGUGAAUCGCAAUAAAAUAGGAUUGAAAGGACCUCUAAUGACGCCCGUUGGGAAAGGAUACCGGUCCCUUAAUCUAGCCUUAAGAAAGGAAUUCAAUCUAUAUGCCAACGUUCGGCCUUGCCGAAGCUUGGAAGGUUUUAAAACUUUAUACGAUGAAGUGGACGUGGUGACCAUUCGAGAGAACACCGAAGGAGAGUACUCGGGCAUCGAGCACGAAAUCGUCGACGGAGUGGUGCAGAGCAUCAAAUUGAUAACGGAGGAGGCUUCGAGGAGAGUGGCCGAAUUCGCCUUUCAAUACGCCAUAGACAAUAAAAGGAAAAAGGUUACCGCUGUCCAUAAAGCCAAUAUUAUGCGCAUGUCGGACGGUCUGUUCUUGAGAUGUUGCCGGGAAAUGGCCAAGAAAUAUCCCGACGUGAAAUUCGAGGAAAGGUACUUGGAUACCGUUUGCUUGAACAUGGUGCAGGACCCGACGCAGUACGACGUGCUCGUCAUGCCCAAUUUGUACGGCGACAUUUUAUCGGACAUGUGCGCCGGUCUCAUUGGCGGUUUGGGCCUCACACCGUCCGGUAACAUCGGUCUCAACGGAGCUCUGUUCGAAUCUGUUCACGGUACGGCUCCCGAUAUAGCCGGUCAAGAUAAAGCCAAUCCUACGGCCCUUUUGCUGUCGGCGGUGAUGAUGUUGAGGUACAUGGGUUUGAACGAGCACGCCGCCAAAAUCGAGAAGGCUUGUUUCGAUACCAUCAGAGAGGCGAAACAUCUGACGGGCGAUUUGGGCGGUAAGUCGAAAUGUUCGGAGUUUACGAACGCGAUUUGCGAGAAAGUUACCGCCGCCUAAUGUUGGGGCGGAAGUCGAUUCGCGGUAAACCCCCCCCCUCGUCAUGUAAGUAGCUGAAUAAAUUUUAUUUAUUACCGGUUUUUUUUGAACUUUUGUAUAUAUUAAGAUGAAAUUAAUAUAGAAGUCGCGUCGAAAUUGUUAUAACUGGAGUUUUUCGGCUUAAAAAAUUGUGUAUUCAGUAUUCUUUUCUUUUUAGUAUUUUUUUUCAAAGAAUUAAGUUACCUGCAUCUUUAUUUAUUGUUGCGUCCGUUGUUGUAUGAUAUAAAUUAUUUUAUAUUUAUUUGUGAUGAUGUUACACCAAUAAAAUUGGAUUGUACCUUGAUUUCUGACCUUCCAACUGUAUGUGUCACUGUGGUUACAAUUUCCUUCACAAUUCUUUAUCAGUAUAUUUUCAUCGUUAAUGUCUCCUUCUCAUGUAUCUUAGUAUUUUGGCUACUGCUUAUAUCUGUACGUUGUAUAGUCAUUUAAAGGGAUUAUCUACAAAAAAAUCCAAAUAUAUUUUUAAGUGGUUUUAUUUUAAUUUUUUUUACAAAAACGUUGCUCAAGCACAAAUGCAACACUCGUUGAGUAACAAAAAUUCUUGACAUUUGAAUCCUUAAAAACUAUUAUCUAAAUAACAUAGUUUUUCUACCUGAGUGUAAAAAAUACAUUUUCUUCUUUGUGAUAGUGGUUUUUACCCGGAUAAGGCAAUAUUUCCUAGGUUUUUCAAGUGUGUAAAUAAAAAAUUAACUAGCACUUUCUUUGGUAAGCUUUGCUUAAUAUUCUUUUUUUUUACAUUAUGACUAGUUAUUGUAUCACUCACACAUUUGAUGCAAGUAUGUAUAUAUUAUAAUUCCAAACUAGAGAAGGUACUUUACUUUAUUCGUUUUAUAGCCAGUCUUCUAUUUUACGUAUCAGUAUCACCUCGAGCUUGGACAAAUUACAGUGAACUUAUCUAACUAAUAAAUUCGUAGAAGUUAUUGCUUUAAAAAAAAUCAAAGCCUUUUUUGCAAAAAUGUGAGUAAAAAAAAUGUUUUACUAGACACGUUUUUAAUUAAACAAUAACUUCUAACGACUGCAUCUAUUUUUUUUUUUAUAUAAAACUCGUUCAAACUCAGUCUUUGGCUUGAUUUUUUUUAGAAUAAAUUAAAUUAUUUACAUUAAUACUAUGUACAAAUCAUCUAAUCACAAUUUUCCUUUUUAUCAAAAACUGAUACAAACGAAAGCACAACAAAUUAAACAUUUUUACGUUAAUAAACUGGGAUGCAUAUCAAAAUUAGUACCUAAAAGGAGACGAGAGUUCGAUUAAAGUAAACGACAAUCGAUCUCCCGUCAAUUUUACGAAUCGCCCCAACAACAUUCACACACCCCAUUUAUUGUAAACGACGUAUUGACUAUUAACGCCGUCGCCGAGAUUCUCCACCGACUCCUCGCUCGGAUUCAUCACAUUAAACAGCACGGCGAAAAUCGUGCAAGCCGCGUACACGCCGAGCGCCACCCACCACAACAGUUGCUCGUGCAGCUUCUGUUCGAAAUUCUUCAGCACCAACAGACCGAUGGUGAGGCCGGCCAAGGCUCCGGUCAAAUGGGCCACGUACGAAACGGGCAGACCCAUCGAAUCGUACCUCGAGUAUAUGGCGUAGCCCACGUCGCAGGACGCUGCAAUAAAAAAACGACCCAAUUAUUAGUCUGUUAGUUGGAUGGAUUUGUUCGGGUCUUACCGAUGGCGAAUAUGCCGAAGAGCCUCAAUAUGCCGCACUGCAUGUUGUUGUAGUUGAGCAGGACGUUGGCGAGAUGGGCUGCCAAUAGGGCGUAAACGCCGCCCGAGGCGCCCACCAGGUAAACGUCGUUGUCGAAGACCGAGGUGCCCAACGAGCCGGCCGCUACGCCCGCCAUGUAGAUCAGCGCCACUCUACCCGAACCGUGGACCAUUUCCAGAGGAAGGCCUACCAGCAACUGGACCACCAAGUUGAAGCCCAAAUGU